AUGACAAUCACUUUCAAAUCCUUCCGCUUCUUGUUCAACAUGAGUUGUUUCAAGAAUCCAAGAAUCAAGUCCGUGAGAACCGUUCUUUCAUGUGCUUCAUCGAUGACGAUUGUCGAGUAUUUAGAUAGCGUGGGAUCGAGCAUCAAUUCUCUGAUGAGCAUACCAUCCGUCAAGUUCCAAUCGACGGGCAAGGCACCUACUGCUGAAAGUCCACCAGACACCAUUGCCAUAGUCCCGCCCGUGCAUUUCCUAACAAAGGCCGAAUUCUUUCACGCAGAGUACCAACAAUCGCUUCUUGGCUAUUUGCAAAAUAGAAACUUGGUGGAGUCAGUGACAAGUGACGAUCUCUACAAGUUGACAGAGCCCGGAGCGUCCAAGUUAAAAUUGUACUGUGGUGCCGACCCAACGGCAAAAUCGCUCCACUUGGGAAACUUGCUACCUCUUAUGGUUUUACUACAUUUUCGCUUGAGAGGGCAUGACAUUUAUGGGCUUGUGGGAGGUGCCACAGGUGCCGUUGGUGACCCCAGUGGACGCACAACAGAGAGAUCUGAAAUGGAAAACCAGGAGAGAAUCGAUAACGUGGAGGUCAUACAAAGCCAGAUGCAAAGAUUCUUCGAGAACGGUGUGUUGUACGCGCAAUCAAGAGAAAUUCCCAAUACUGAGUCCCAGUCGGAUGUGGGCUCUUUCAACCCAGUCAAUAACGCAGAUUGGUGGGCAUCUAUUAAAAUCCUAGAUUUCUUAGCCACAUACGGGAAACAUAUCCGUAUCACACAAAUGCUCGCAAGAGACUCAAUUCUGUCCAGGCUCAGCUCUCAACAGGGUCUUGGAUUUAACGAGUUUACUUAUCAGAUUUUGCAGGCGUAUGACUUCUGGCAUCUUUUUAAGACCAACGGGGUCAAUGUCCAAGUGGGUGGAAACGACCAGUGGGGAAAUAUUACUGCGGGUACCGACUUGAUUUCCCGCGUGCAAAAACAUUUCAGUGACACUACUAAAAAUUCCCAAGAAAAGCCCGCCUAUGGAAUGACCGUUCCUCUUUUGACAACCCCAAGUGGCCAAAAGUUUGGCAAGUCCGCCGGAAACGCGGUCUUCAUCAGUGAAUCUAUGUCGUCUCCAUUCCAGUUGUACCAAUUCUUCAUCAAUUGUCAGGACGAAAUGGUUGAAAAGUUGUUGAAAAUGUUCACGCUCCUUCCCCUAGACUCAAUCGAAAAUGUUGUUAUGGCAAAACAUUUAGCUGACCCAGGUCUAAGAAUCGCGCAAAGAGUGCUUGCAAGAGAGGUUGUUGAUUUGAUUCAUGGUGUUGGUGUGGGGGAUGAGAUGGCGUAUAUUACGAGUUUUCUAUUCCCAACUCCCGACCAGCCGUUCGACGAUGAAAUCUCUGCCAAUAAACUUCUUCUGAAAUUCAAGAAGUCUGGAAUUUUGCUGCAAAUCUCUCUUCUGUCUUUCAAGAAUCAACAUGAAAUAAAAAUGAGCACCCUCUUGUCCAAAAUUUUGGGUAAGUCAAAGAGUGAAACCAAGAAUUUAAUCAGAGCUGGUGGAGUUUAUUUGGGAAUUGAUAGAGACCAAUUGGAUGACCCCAACGAUGUGGUUCUUUUCGACAAGGAUAAUCAUUUGAUCGACAGUAAAUUACUUCUUGUAAGAGCCGGAAAACAGAAGUACUACUUGACUGAGAUUUUGGAAUGA